GCUAAUGAGCUAAUGAGUAAUCGUCAUUCGCACACAAGCGUUACGCUUAAUCUGAGUGCGCCAAGGAUAAACGGAUGAGCCGUGUCGACAAACCAGUCAACUGGUAUGGUCACCUCCGGAGGAGCGCGCCCGCGGUGACCUGCUGUCCGAUAGGACAGAUACCGUCAGCUGACGGCCGUGAUCUGCGCUGAUAACGGUCAGCUGAUGUCGACCGAGGGCCGUCAGUGUCCACUCCCGGCAGUGAAAAACAGCAGCGUAUCUGUGGCGGCGAGAUCGUGCGUUAGAAGUGGUCUCUGGUGGAACGGUCCCAUGUGACGGCUGUUGCCGUCCGACGUCCUAUAAACUCACAUCGUGGGCGGACCAGCAACCCACUGAUCUCCUGGUAAAGGUAGUCGACGUCUGGCACCGGGGAGGCUUUGUGACGUCACUUUACCGUCUGUGUGACGUCAUGGUGACGUCAGAAGGUGGUUCGGAGGGAGCGCGCGCCCCUCGGAGGGGCGGCGGCCCGUGCGCGCUGCUGCGCCAGUCUCCGUAUAGUCUGUACGUGCUUCUGCUGCUGAUGGCCGCCUACCUGCUCAGCAAGAUGGACCGCUACAUGCUGGCCGUGGUGGCCCGCCCCUCCGCCCAGGAGAUCCACUUCGGCGACCGGGGCUGUCUGCUCAACGUCUCGGCCGAGUCCUCUCUGACUGCCGCAGACUGCGCCAACGCAACCGACAGCCUCAGCUGUGUGACCCUGGCUGACCGUGCCGGAGUGGCGGGCUGCAGCUGGGACUACACCGGCACGGGUCUGCAGUACGACCUGCUGGCCGGGCCCGUCUUCACGCUGGUCUUCACCGUGGCAGGUCUGCCGCUCGGCCUCGCCGCCGAUCGCUGCAACAGAAAGCUGCUGCUGUGCGCCUGUCUGCUGGUCUGGGCCGUCUGCGUGCUGCUGACCGGGCUGGCCCAGCGGUACUGGCAGCUGGCCGCGCUGAGGUUCGGAGUCGGGUUCGGCGAGGCCGGCUGCACGCCCCUGGCCACCUCGCUGCUGGCCGACUACUUCAGUCCCGAGCUGCGCGGCACAGCGCUCGGCGUCUACAACUGGGGCAUCUACUUCGGGUACUCGCUGGCCUACGCAGUCGGCGACUUUAUCACAGAGGCAGAUAUCAUGGGAAUGGGCUGGCGGUGGGCGUACCUCGUGUCGGGCGCGCCGGGCGUGCUGCUGGCCCUGCUGAUGCUGGCCACGCUCCGUGAGCGCCCCGCGCCGACCUGUCAGCGCCCCCGGCGGCGGACUCGGCUCGGCCGGCGGCGCACGCCGUGCCCCGCCUGCUCCGGCUGUUCGCCCGUCCCCCGCUGCUGCUGCUGGCGCUGGCCGGCUCCGUCCGUAACGCGGCCGUGUACGUCUGGUCGUACAGCGCCGAGACGUUCUUCGAGAGCCAGGGCCAGACGGCGGCCCAGGUGGGCGCCUACAUGAGCUGGGUGCCGCUGGUCUCCGGGCCGCUGGGCCUGCUGCUCGGGGGGCUGGUCUCGGACGGCGCUGGCCGGCGGUUCGGCCCGGCCGGUCGGCUCGGCGCCGUGGCCGCCUCCCAGCU